AAAAACACCAUUAAGCCAAUAUUAAGUGUGUUAUAAAAGAAGUGCUAAAUUAGGAUAUUUAUUUCCACCUGCCAUUAAAAUCAUAGAAAUUUAUGAUUACAUAAAUAGUCGUAUACAAUUCUCUUGCCAGAAAAAAAGAUUUUCUAGCGAGAGACUGUACACGACAAACUUGUUAUAUGCAAUUCGUGAUGAAGAAGGUUUUUCAAAAAAAAAAUUUUCUUUAAAAUUUUGAAAAGUUGGCAACAUUAUCUAAUUUGCUAUACUACUAAUACGUGUCUUUUCUAUAUUUGUUUAUGUUGAGAAUUAUUAUUUGUAUUCCACUUUAAAUAUAGUUAAAUACAAGUUUUAUUAUUAUUAAAAAUUUAGUUUUUUCACUACUUCGGAUGGAUUUUUUGAAGAGUGGAUUGAAAACUGUUCUUGGAACGCAAGAACCAGGUCAACAACCCUCGGGAGCGGAAACUGUGGAACGCUUAGUUGAUCGGGUAAACUCCUCUACACUUCUAGAUGAUAGACGGGAUGCUUGUCGUGCUCUCAAAGCUCUAUCAAGAAAAUAUCGAAUUGAGGUUGGUGCUCAAGGAAUGUCCGCUCUAAUCCAAGUAUUACAAAUGGAUCGGACAGAUAAUGAAAUCGUUGGAUAUGCUUUGGACUCUUUAUGCAAUGUAAUGUCACCUGAACAAUUUGAUGAAGAAGCUGAUAAUCCUACAGUGUCCAUCAAUGUUGGAGAACAAUUUACGGAAAUGUUUAUAAAAACACCUGAAAAUGCUACAGUGGCGCUGAGUUAUUUAGAAGAAUAUGAUUUUCAAGUCAGAUGGUCAGCUAUUAAACUUAUAACCACACUUUUAGCUAAUAAAACAAAAGAAAUUCAAGAAAUCGUGCUAGUUAGCCCUAUGGGUGUGUCCAAACUAAUGGAUCUCUUAGUAGACAGCCGAGAAGUAAUUAGGAAUGACGCUCUCCUUCUCCUUAUACAACUAACAAAAGGUAAUGCAAAUAUACAGAAAAUUGUUGCUUUCGAAAAUGCAUUUGAUAGACUGUUCGAUAUUAUACGGGAUGAGGGCUGCUCCGACGGUGGAAUAGUUGUGGAAGAUUGCCUGAUUUUAAUGAUAAAUCUGUUAAAAAAUAAUUCAAGCAAUCAGCAAUUUUUUAAGGAAGGUUCUUAUAUCCAAAGAUUGUCACCUAUGUUCAAGAUAAGCCCAGAAACUGAAGAAACUGGUUGGACGCCUCAGAAAGUUUCAAACAUGCAUUGCAUGUUACAAGUUGUCCGUUCCCUUGUCAGCCCAAGCAAUCAAUUUCAUGUUAUUGCAUCAUGUCAGAGAGAUAUGAGAGUCUGCGGACUCUUAGAAGCUUUGGCAAACAUUUUAAUGGGAAGUGGUGUUCCAGCCGAUAUCUUGACUGAAACCAUAAAUACAGUUGGUGAAGUUAUGCGCGGAGACAUUAGCAACCAAGAAUAUUUUAGCACCAUAACUGCACCUAGCAAUCCACCACGUCCAGCUGUCGUAGUUUUACUUAUGUCAAUGGUGAACGAAAAACAACCAUUAACUUUAAGAUGUGCUGUGCUGUAUAGUUUUGAAUGCUUUUUCUAUAAAAAUGAAAUAGGACAAGCUGCUUUAGUUCAAACAUUAUUGCCGUCAAGUUCUGAAGUUUCUAAUUUAACAACAGGUCAGUUGUUGUGCGGGGGCUUAUUCUCAACAGAUGUCUUAGCGAAUUGGUUUUCAGCUGUUGCUCUGAUGCAUGGUUUGCUUGAUAACUCGGCACAAAAAGAACAACUGCUAAGGGUGCUUUUGGCUACUUCACCUGGCAGUCAACCAGUUUCGUUGCUGCAGCAGUGCACACAAUUGUUGCAGCAAGGAAAAUACAAAUUACAAAGUAAAAUUGGUCUUUUAAUGUUACUCAGUACUUGGCUCAGUCAUUGCCCUGUAGCAGUAAAAGCUUUUUUGUCAGCACCAGGUUGUAUUGCUUAUUUAUUAGCUCAGAUUGGCGCAAAUGAGCAUGAUGAAAAUGAAUAUUUAGUACAAGGGUUAUGUACAUUUCUUAUGGGUAUUUGCAUACAAUUUAAUGAUAAUUCAUUGGCUAAUUACAAGAAGGAAGAUAUAUGUCAGUUAAUUAUAAAACGAAUUGGAUUAGAGUAUUUUAUUGCUAAGUUAGGAGAUGUUUCCAAGCAUGAAGCUUACAGUAGAGCAGCAAAGCAACCUCAAAUAAGAAUAAAAUCAUCGUCAGAGCUUUUAUUAGAUUACGAAUUUUGCAAAUUAUUCAAAACUUUGGAAGCAAGUAUUUCAAAAAUGUUAAAUUAUUGCGAUCCAAAUAGUGCUAAUUUGACGGAACUUACUUUAAGUAGUGAAGCUUCUGACUUAGUUGGCCAAUACAAGGAUGUUAUAAGAGGAUUAGAUACUGAAACUAAAACAUUAAAAGAAAAAUUACAAAUAUUAGAGAAAGAAAAUGAUAACUUAAAAAUCCAAAUUGCAAAUCUUCAGCUGUCUAAUGCUCAGUUUUCAGAUCAAAAUAUUUUAUUAAAAGCACAACUUACAGCUGCUUCAGCUAGUAAUAACCACGAGGCAAUUGAAACUAUUAAUGUUACUCAAACUCGUGGUGAGUUAGAAUUUUACAGGAGCGCAAAUGUUAAAAUGGUAGAGGAAAUUGAUUCCUUACAAGGAAAAUUAAUUGCCGAAACAGAAAAAGUUAGAAUUAAAGAAGAAGAACUUGAAAAGCUCCACAAGGAUCAAGAAAACUUACUUGAACUAUUGACUGACCAAGAAAAUAAAAUUAGUAGAUACUGUUCUCUUUUAAGAGAAGCAGGUCACCCUGUCGAAAGUGAUGAGGAGUGUGAUGACGAAGAACUCGAUUCGAAUGAUAUAACUGAAAACAAAAAACCCGAAAAUGCCAUAAAUGAAAAAAUAUCCACUAAUGUAAAUUGUAAAUCAGAAAGUAUUGAACAUUCUGUAAAUUAAGGGAAGUUGUUAAAUUUAAUGCGUAAUUAAUAAACUUAUUCGAACUUAAAAGACUUUUGUCAAUAAUU